AUGGCAACCAGGCUCAUGACUGAAGAAAAUCAAUCUGUCAGGCCUGUUGGCACCUUCAAGAGAGAGGAAUACAUACGUCAACCUCCCAGUCCGGAUCGGAAAGGAUACGUGCAUGCCGGGGUCAGAAGCUGGCCGUUGAAUGCUGUCAGCGUCAAACGCUCCACUGUGGUUCGUCGGCGAGCCACUGCUUGCUUGCUAACGUGCGAAACCAAUAAUCCCCACGCCCAUCUCCAAUCGAACCCUCCCCUCCCUCAUCUUCCACCUUAUCUGAAGGCUGCUGCGAGGGUAUUCUCUUUGCCCCUCCCUGGUGUCCCGGGAUCUAACUAUUCUUAUCGAUUAUGGGGAAAGGAGGCAUCACUUUGA